CGUAAUUGCACCUCGAUCAGAGCAAGUGGCUCGAGCUACCGAAAGUCGGAAAAAAUAAGCUUACCGUUGCAACUUGGCUCCAUUUACAUUCCCGCUUAUUCUAAAAGAAUAGCCGAAUAGCUUUAAAACUUCCGCAAUGGCUGAUGAUAGCUUGCUUAACGAUUCCAACCUAGCUACGCUGGGUAGCAACGAUGAUGAGGCAGAGCUCCUGAUAGAGGACGACUACCUAAAAGGUUCAGAAAUGCAAAUCGAUCCCGAACUCGAAGCCAUCAAGGCACGUGUGAAGGAGAUGGAAGAGGAGGCAGAAAAGUUGAAACAGUUACAGUCAGAGGUCACGAAACAGAUGACCUUGGGUUCACCCACCGGUUCGACACCAAUGCUGACGGCCGAAGAGAAAGCCGAAGUGGACAACCGUUCCAUUUAUGUAGGCAACGUCGAUUACGGUGCGACAGCGGAAGAGCUGGAAGCGCACUUUCACGGAUGCGGUGCGAUCAAUCGGGUGACAAUUCUGUGCAACAAAGCCGACGGUCAUCCGAAAGGCUUCGCGUACAUUGAGUUCGGCUCAAAGGAAUUUGUCGAAACGGCGCUCGCUAUGAACGAAACACUGUUCCGAGGUCGACAGAUCAAGGUGAACCCUAAGCGUACUAAUCGUCCGGGAAUGUGCCAAACCAACCGGUUCCCUCGCGGUGUGCGCGGACGUGCGGCCAGAGCAUCGAGAGCUUGCUGUUACGGAGCGCACCGUGGCACCCGAAGGCCUAUUCGAGGAUACCGAGGACGUGCUACUUAUUACGCACCUUACUAAUUGGUGAUAUUCCCUGAAUCUAGAAGUGUAACCGUACCUAGCUAUUAGGACCUGUAGCUAAACCUAGGG